GGCAAAGAACUCGAGUCCAGCCAGGGCUAGUCGGCAGAGAGAGGAGCGUUGCCAGUUCAGACAGAAGCCCUUUUCCUCUUAGCCUUUCAAAAUGCUCUGUGCAUUUAGCAAUGUAGCCACAAUAAGAAACUUCAACCCCCCUCAAAAAUAAUAAACAAGUCACAUAAUAGUCCACUUAAUUCUAAUCCUGCGAUGUGCUAACAAUUGGUUUCGAAGGUCGCGUUUAAAUACGGCACUUUUGAUGGUUGCUGGAGGAAUAUCUCUUUGAGAAAUGGGUUUCGGAAGUUUGGUCAGGAGAGUGCCAGGCGGAAAUAUAGCCGGUGGCGAUUUCAACCCUUUUCCUUUUUUUCGCUGCUUUUCUCUCUCCUUAACGUUUGUGCUCGCAGAUAAGUGGCUCGAAGAGUUAAUCGGUAAUCAAAUCCAUUACCAGUGAAAAAGGGGCGCAGGCGUGUUUAUGAUGUUUUCACCGCCUGUGAGUAGUGGGAAGAAUGGACCAACGUCCCUGGGAAGUGGCCAUUUCGGGGGUUCAAGUCUGGAAGACAGAACAAGCGCUGGAUCUUGGGGAGCCGGAGGUCAUCCGAGCCCAUCCAGGAACUAUGCUGAUGGCGUGCACUAUGAACAAGUGACCAACAGGGAACUUGGAUCACAUGACAACCUUUCUACAUCCUCAUUCAUGAAUUCUCGACUUGUAGGCAAAGCAGACAGAACAUCAUUCCCAUUUGUGAGGGACUCGAGUAUGCAGGGUUGUCAGCUCCAUUUUACUGCAAUGCGAAGAGGCAUGCGAUCAAAGUCCAGUCUCCUUGGGCAUGACAUAGGUAUGGGCAGUCCGGCAGCCGUUUCACCUCUAGGCUCCAAGCCUGGGUCACAGUAUUAUCCAUAUUCCAGCAAUAAUCCCCGCCGGCGACCAAUGCAUGAUUCCUCAAUGGAAAUGCCACCGAAAAAAAUUAGGAAGGUGCCUCCAGGUUUACCAUCUUCGGUGUACGCCCCAUCAGCCAGCACUGCCGAUUAUAACAGGGAUUCGCCUGGCUACCCUCCCUCCAAGCCUCCGUCCAGUUCGUUUUCUAGUUCAUUCUUUAUGCAAGAUGGGCAUCACAAUUCCGAUCCGUGGAGUUCCUCUGGUGGAAUGAAUCAGCCCACUUAUGGAGGCAUGCUGGUAAACUCUUCCCAGGUUCCACAGUCCAGCAGUUACUGCAACCUGCAUCCACAAGAUCGCCUGAAUUACACGUCGCACUCCUCAACGAACAUCAAUGCCAGCCUCCCACCUAUGUCCAGUUUCCACCGCAGUGGCACAAAUCACUAUGGAGCUUCCUCCUGCACACCGCCAGCCAACGGAACAGACAAUAUCAUGGUCAGCAGAGCAGGAGGAUCAACUGGCAGCUCGCAGACUGGUGAUGCACUGGGCAAAGCACUCGCAUCAAUCUACUCGCCAGACCAUACCAACACCAGUUUCCCUUCAAAUCCAUCAACGCCCAUCGGGUCUCCGCCAACACUCACAGCAGGUAGCUCUGUGUGGUCCAGGAAUGGAGGCCAAGGUCCCCCCUCUCCCAAUUAUGAAGGUCCACUUCAUUCUUUGCAAACCCGGAUUGAAGACCGCCUGGAAAGAUUGGAUGAUGCCAUACACGUCCUGCGAAACCACGCGGUGGGACCAUCGACAGCCAUGCCCAGUAGCCACAGCGACCUGCAGAAUUUAAUAGGACCGUCACACAACGGGCCCAUGGGUGGCUUAGGAUCAGGAUAUGGGGCAGGUUUGCUGUCAUCCAACAGACAUUCUUUAAUGGUGGGAGGUCAUCGUGAAGAUGGUGUUGGGCUUCGAGGCAGCCAUGCAAUUGUGUCAAAUCAAGUGCCAGUCCCACAGCUUCCAGUGCAGUCAGCCACAUCUCCUGACAUUAACCAGUCCCAGGACCCAUACCGGGCACUCUCCAGCAGCCUGCAAGGGCAGAGUGUGUCUUCUGUCAGCUCAGAUAUAAAGUCAGAGGAUGAACCAGACGAGAAUCUGCAGGAUUCAAAAUCCACAGAUGACAAGAAGGGCGAUGAGGACAAGAAGGAUAUCAAGAUAUUAAAUAGGUCACUAUCUAGCAAUAAUAAUGACGACGAAGACCUUUCUCCGGAACAGAAGGCUGAGCGUGAGCGAGAAAGAAGAAUGGCAAACAACGCUCGUGAACGUCUGCGUGUGCGCGACAUCAAUGAAGCGUUUAAGGAACUUGGUCGCAUGGUGCAGCUCCACCUGAAAAGUGACAAGCCACAGACGAAGCUCUUGAUUCUUCACCAGGCAGUUGCUGUUAUUUUGAGCCUGGAACAGCAAGUCCGAGAGAGGAACCUGAACCCUAAAGCAGCUUGUCUGAAAAGAAGAGAGGAGGAAAAGGUGUCAACAGAUCCACCGCCACUCUCCCUUGCAGGAAUCAACCCGAAUAUGGGAGACACAUCCAACCAUAUGGGCCCAAUGUGAAAAGAGGCCCAUGGUGCCAGAUCAACAAAAAUAAGUGAGAGACCGCUUCCUUGACAACUGUAUUAUCUUACAACAAUGUAAACACUCUGCCCAAUCCCCUUUUUUUGUAAAAUGGAGACACAUUAAAAGCAGUCACGAAAAUGAAUCACAGACGAGAGAGAGAAAGAGAGAGAGAGAGAGAGAGAGAGAAAAGAAAAAAAAAAAGAAAGAAAGAAAGAAAGAAAGAAAGAAAGAAAGAAAGAAAGAAAGAAAGAAAGAAAGAAAGAAAGAAAGAAAGAAAGAGAG